UCGGAGUGAGCGCGCGCUGCUGGAGUUUACACUACACUAAACCCGAGCCCGAACCAGAACCUGUUCUCAGAUUCGUCUCUCUCUCUCUCUCUCUCUCUCUCUCUCUCUCUCUCUCUUUCUCUCGCUCUCUCUCGUGUCCUCAGCCAUGUCCGAGGUUUUGCCCUACAGCGAGGGAAAGAUGAACGGCUACGGGCCGGACGACGAGGUCGGACAAAUGUCGUUCAGCUGCCGGCUGCAGGAUACAAACUCGUUUUUCAGCACUUCGCAGUCGAAAAGGCCGCCGAAACUCGGACAGAUUGGACGCGCAAAACAUGUGGUCAUUGAAGAUGACCGAAUAGACGAGGUGUUGAAAGGCAUGACGGAUAAACCGUCCCCUGGUGUCUAAACCUCCCCUGACGCCUAAGAACCUUUUUUUGCAUUUAAUCACCGGUUUGAUGCACCGCAUGUAACGCAGUGAGGAGCGACUGAGAAGCUUCUGAAGAUCAGGAUGCUAAGAGCGGACUAAGGAAAAGAUGAUGAUGAUGAUGAUGAUGAUGAUGAUGAUGAAGGACUGACAUAACAUGACAUGAGCCCGGGAGUAUGGUAUUGGGGGGGAAAGUGGAAUUUUCUUUCCAAGCUGGUGGUAUAGCUUAUAAUUCUACAAACCAAAACCCAUCUAGAUAAAUCCACCCUCCUUCAUCACAGCGAUGAGAAGAAGUCCUGCUCGAUUUCAUCCGUCAUAUUCAGUAUUCAUAUCGGACAUCGGUAUCGGUUUUAGUGCCACGUUUCAUCGAUGUGAGUGUUUCACGUGCUGGAGUAAAUACGGGUCACGAGCUCACAAACGACGCAACACUGAGUUUUAACAGUACAUAAACAUAAUUAGAUGCAACAGUUGAUGAUAAUCGUGUGCAUGUAUAAUGCAUGACAUUUCAACUGCAGAAUUCUUCAGCGAUAUUUCAGUAAUAAUCUGUAGUGUGUAAACUAGAAUAGUGUACACUUAGAAAUAAAGGCCAUUGUGUACUUUUUCCUGUCGGUCGGAUGCUGCCUUGGUGAAGGCUCGUCUUCAGUUCGUCUUUAAUUUAACUUUAAACGUACAUCAGCUCUCCUUCUGCUCCAAUUCUUCACCUUUAAUUAAAACGCAUUGUUUUUACAAGCAACAAGAAAAGUACAACUUGGCACCUUUACCUGUCAAAGUGCAGCCUAAACGUCAUUUAAGAAGUGUUUCUGCUUGCUAUAGGCUCGCUGUGGUGUUUGUGACGUAACAUCUACACAACAUGUAGUGUUUGUUUUUGCUUCCGGCUUCCACAUCGUGCUCUAAUUGCACACUUCUGACAUGGAAAUAUAGGAGUGCUUGAAGGUAGUUUAACCAGACACACACACGCACACACACACACACACACAAAAACACACACACACACACACACACACACACACAACGCAGGCCUGGUCCUGGUCAACUAGAGAUUAAGAUAUUUGCGAAACAAAACAAAAUAUGAUAAUUGUAUGUUAACAAUAUGAUAAUGAUAUGCUAAUUAUCCCCAUAAAAGCUUCAGGUUAAUAGCAGAGGAACAUAAAGUUUACAUACAACUCCAGCAAGUAUCUAAAAGAACAUAGAAGAGAACUUAUCAUUCUAAUUUAUUUUUUAAAAAGGAAACAGAUGAGGGGAGGAUAUCUUGUUUCUCAUCAUUUUUUAUUGUUUGGCGUCAUGUAAAUAGGGAAAUUUCUUGGUGAUUGAGUUUUGCAUGAACUUUGUGCCAAUGCAGGUGUCUCCUGUGCACCUUUCUCCAAAACCCCUUCUUUUUACUGAAGUUAAUAUUUGUAUUUCAUAUUUUUUUAUAAAUAAAUGUUUCACACUUAAAAUGAUAAGCUAUUGUGUGUUCAGAGAGUAACAAAAAUACUACUAAUGAUAAAUAAAAAUACUACUACUACUACUACUACUACUACUACUACUAAUAAUAAUAAUAAUAAUAAUAAUAAUAAUAAUAAUAAUAAUAAUAAUAAUGGAGUGUUUGGGAUUUUAAAAUACAUCAGCAUAUUAUUCUGCUUGUCUACAAAUCUGAAAAUAUUUGUCCAUUCAGUCAUCUAACACUGUUAUUUAUUUAUUUAUUUAUUUAUUUAUUUAUUUAUUUAUACUAUUCUCCAUA